AACACAAGAAACCGGAAUUCUCAAAAGUCCACAGGGUCCACCUGUCUGUCCGCCUGUCCGCCUGUCUGCCAAGGGGGUCCGUCCAUCUGUCCAUCUGAAGUUCGCAUUUUGACAACACAACCAAACAACACAAUUAGAUACUGAGAUAAGGAUGUCGCUGCCUUCUUGCUCUAACCACCAUCAUCCUCACUAGCGAGAUGCCCACUGGCCUUCCUGCCCCACUCUUCAUCAACAUUAUUACCUGGUCUUCAUGACCUACAACAGUAUGUUUGCCUGUAUAGUUUUCCAAGUAUUCCACCAUGUCUUUCUAGUCAUGUCAACUUCAAGUGACUUGGGUGAUGGUCCUCCGCUGGAUUGGAUGGUAGUAUGUAAUACAUGUGGUGAUGAGCUGGAGUGGUUUAUAUGUUGCAGCGAUGAAAAUGAAAACCAAGGGAGAUGGAUGGUCAAGUGUACAAAACCUGAUGGCGGCAAGAACACACACAGCAAAACCAUGAAGCGCUGCCAGUUGUUCCGCUUCGCCUACCAUCGAAAGGACAGCCCAUCAUCAUCUCCCAAAGCCACAGAUUCUCGUCAUUGCAAAUCACCGCCUCGAAAACUGAGGCCCAAAGUGAAGUGCUUCAUUGUUGGCUACAGUUCUCAUCAA